AUGGCGGCUUCGGAUUUGGAGGUCAAGACCGAAACAGAGGUAAUUAAGCCUAAAGCUUUUCAAAAAGAAAUUAAAAAAGCAGUAGAAGGUGUAAAGAACAGUAUUACAAAGGCUAUCACAAAAGUAGAAGAUAAACUCUCUAAAUUGGCAGAGACAGUAGAACUGAUAGCAGAAAAUGUUAAUGCUGCUUGGAAAUUGGCACAGGCCAACAAGGAAAAAAUUAAGGUAUUGCAAGAGCAGACCAGGAAACUGAAGACAAAUAAUGAGUAUGUUAAUGAUAAAUUAAUGGACUUAGAAAAUAGAGCCAGAAGGUCGAAUUCACGUCUAAAAAAUGUCCCGGAGACAGAAGAUAUGGAGAAAGUGGUUGAGUGGAUGGCCAAUUUGUUGCCGGAAUUGGGAAUUUCGAAAGACUCGCUCAACCGCAUACAUAGGGCCGGGAAGCUGAGAAAUGAGUCAAAUUGGCCGAGAGACGUGAUAAUGCGCUUUGGGAGAUACACACACAGAGAGCAGGUAUUCAAGGCGUUGAAAAACUUGGAUAGACUUGAUAAACUGUUGUAUAAUGGCAAGAAAGUGAUGGUCUUUGAGGACUUAUCUCUGGAAACAAUUAAAAGGAAAAUGAAUUUACGGGCAUUUACCAUGGUGCUGCAAGAAAAAGAUAUGAAAAACAAUUGGAGAAUGGCACCAUUUGCUUUAAGAAUGCAGUAUAAAGGAGAAACAUUGUAUGCAAAAGAUCAACAGCAGAUGGUGGCGUUAUUUAAACAUGUGGGAUUGCAGUUACCCAAGGACUUUAAAGGGACUCCAGACUUGGAAGAAAAUGACUUAAGAGAAGAAAGAGAACAAACUCAGGGGUGGCAGAAGAGGAAGGAAAAGAAGACUGAGAAAAAGUCAUGGGAUUUCAGAGACAGAGUGAAAUAUAAGAAGUGA